AAGUACCAGAGGAAGUAACUGACGCUGCAGAUUACGAAAGUUAUGAAUUUAAAAAGGUUGAUCAUACAGAUCCUAAAGUUCGUUCCAGCUUUGAAGAUUAUCUGGCUUGGGAUGGCCAUCUUGAUGGCAAGAAAUUUGCGGAUGGACAUUCUACUGAAAGCGCUAGGAAUGUUAUGUG